ACAGCUUUAGAGCCUGAACUCAACAACAAGCCCUCGGCUGGCCCGUCACAGCCAGUUGUUCUUUUCUUUUUCCUCUCCCUCUUUUUUCUGGGAGUCCUCCUGCUUUCCCUCCGCCUGCAGCCACGGUGUGAGUGAGUGGGUGUGUCGAUGCGGGCCAGUGUAGCCUAGUCGCUGCUUGUGCGCACUCUGAAAAAGAGGAAAAAGUUGAUGAUGAGUUUAGUGUGAAAGCGGCCCGCCUCAGAGCAGGCUAACCGUCCGGGAAUGGCAGUUUGGACCAGAGCGGACAAAAACGGCCAACUGGACCUUCUGCUCCGCGACCGCUGGAUCCGAGUGGCCGCCGAACUCACCCGAGAAACGCUGACUUUAACGGCCGAGGCAGAGGUACCCGGACAGGGGGGCAGUCACUGGGACUACAACAACUCUUCGGCGGGCCUGCGAAAUGGCAUGUCGAACGGAAACGACCCGGGAACGAGUCCGGGGAACCCUGGCCGCGGUCUGUCCUCGGGUCAAGACCAACUCCAGAGCCAGAACCACGGGGGUCGGGGGCGCAGCGGAAGCCCGGGGCGCGGGGGUACCAGUCGGGGUCAAUACGACGGCAACUACGGUCUAAACAGCCCCGGGAAGUACCCAAAUAACGGCACAAACUCUGACUUUGGAAGCCCCGGCUCCAGCUACGGCAGUCCCGGGUCCAGCUUCGGGUCGAGACAGGGCGACUUUCCCGUCAGUCUGGACGGCUCCUCGGAAGCGGUUCGGAAAGUCCGAGUUGUCAAACAGGAGUCCGGCGGGCUGGGGAUCAGUAUCAAGGGGGGGCGCGAGAACCGGAUGCCCAUCCUCAUCUCCAAGAUCUUCCCGGGGCUCGCCGCCGACCAGAGCCGGGCUCUCCGGGUGGGAGACGCGAUCCUGUCGGUGAACGGGAACGACCUCCGGGAGGCAACGCACGACCUGGCGGUACAGGCGCUUAAGAAGGCCGGGAAAGAAGUGACGCUGGAGGUGAAGUAUAUCCGUGAGGUUUCCCCUCUCUUUAAGAAGCCAUCCCUGGUGGCUGACCUGCCGUGGGACGGCAUCCGCCCACAGUCACCCAGCUACAGCGGCAGCGAGGACUCUGGGUCGCCCAAACACAGCAGCUCCUCUUCCUCCAAAGACAGAAAGGUCAUAAGCCUGAAGAUGUGCUUCAUCAGCAGGAACCUCACCAUGCCAGAUCUGGAGAACCGACUUUUGGAGCUCCAUUCCCCAGACGGCCAGCACACGGUGGUGCUGCGCUGUAAAGACGGUCCCUCUGCCAACUCCUGGUUCACCGCCAUUCACACUAACAUUGCUGCCCUGCUGCCGCAGACCCUGGCUCACAUCAAUGCUUACCUGGGGGCCUCGUCCUCUGUGUCCACACACCCCCAUCUCAAACACAUUGGCUGGUUGGCUGAGCAGAUCCAGCUGGAAGGUGGACGGCAGCAGUACAAGCCGGUGGUCAUGGCACUGACUGAGAAGGACAUCCUGCUGUUUGAAUCGGUUCCGUGGAGCAGAGAGUCCUGGUCCGUGCCUCUGCUCACACACCCACUGCUAGCCACAAGGCUGGUUCAUUCUGGCAACGCCCGGGGUUCUCCUGCCCAGGGUUCAGACCUGGUGUUUGCCACUCGGACAGGCACGGGGCGGGGUAUCGAGUCCCACGUCUUCCGAGUGGAGACCCACUGGGAUCUGUCUUCAUGGACGCGAGCCCUCGUGCAAGGGGCACACGCUGCGGCCGAGCUGAUCAAAGAGGUCUCCAUUGGUUGCACGUUGAACAGGCAGGAUGUUCGCCUGACGCUGCACUACGAGAAGGGCUUCACUGUGACGAGGGAGCCGGCAGAUCCAGCUGGGGGCGCCGUGCUGUUCAGAUACCCCUACGAGAAGCUCAAAAUGUCAGCCGACGACGGAAUACGCAACCUUUACCUUGACUUUGGGGGUCCAGAGGGAGAAAUGGUGUUUGACCUCCACUCGGGUCCAAAGCCGGUAGUGUUCGUGCUCCACUCCUUCCUGUCAGCCAAGCUCACUCGUAUGGGCCUGCUGACGUGAAACAACUAGCAGCAGCAGCGCACGAGAGCACAACAAGGAGGGUGGAAGACGCUCCCAAAAUGUCCAUUCUGGGGGUUGAUUUUUUUAUUUUAUUUUAUUUUAUUCUCCAUUCACAGCUGAAGUUAGGCCUGAGGUGGCGCUGCAGGGGACAUUUGAACCCAGGAUUGUUGAUUGUCUUAAAAAUGUGCCUUCUCUUCCAACUUUCUCCUCAACCUCUUGCAGUCAUUUGUAUUGCAAGGUCAGGUAAAAGGAAGUGGCACUUUGCUUGAAGUCAAGCUGUACCAUUUCAUGUGAUAAUGUAUUCAAUUUGAUUAUGAUUAUCUGAUACAGUGUAAAAACAAAUUAAGAUGCUGUGAUGUGCUUAUGAGAUUCCAUUACCAGUGCACUCCAAGCAAAGUGUUACUGAUAUAUAUUAAGGAACGGAAGGAUUUUUUUAGACAAUUAAUACACCGCCAAGCACAGAUCCGUAAAUGCUCCCUGUUUUUACUCAAUGCCUAUCAUUCCAUGACAGCCUUCCAAUGUAUCUUUUUAAUGUAUUUGUCUGUGUUUGUGUGGACGUGUGAGUGAAAGGAGCUGUUUUAGAGUCAGAGUGCAGUCCACUGAGCAGAGAUUGUAUGUGUGUGUGUGUGUGUGUGUGUGUGUGUGUGUGUGUGUGUGUGUGUGUGUGUGUGUCUAUACUACACGCUUCUGUUGGCUUUAUAGUGUGCCUGCUGUCUGACAGACUCACCUUUUAGCACGUUAUCCCAAACUACUGUUGUAAUCAGGAUCGCCAACUGUGCCUUUUUACAUGUAGUCGAAGACACUCUUUGUAAUGUUUCAUUUUUUUAAUUUCACACAAUAAGAGAGUUUCAAGCUUUCGACGUGCGCGAGCAAUAGUAUUACUCUUAUAGUGUAAACCAUGUUACUUUGUUUUUAUGUCGUCUGUUUUUAUAAGUGUAUAUCUCAUGAUAGCAUGACUCCCUGACAUUGAACUCCGUAUCAGAUGAUGACAUGACCGUGUGUUACCCCUCCCCCCACUGACCUACACUACCACGUCGUCUCAAUGUUGCUAUCAUCGCAUUCCAAUUUGCUUGAGAUUAUGUGUCUCUUGUUACCGUUCCUACAGCAGCAUUUUUUGGGGGGGCUAAGGACUGUUUAACAGACUUGUUUCAAGGUGGGCCAUCAAAUGACAGAGGUACCAGUGUAUUUUAAUAAUCUGGUAAAAGAGGACGUACCUCAUAUCCUGCAGUAGAGAAAUUACUGCACACUUGUCUUACAGUUUAUAACAGUCUUUUCUUGCCGCUUUAGUCUCAAAAAGCCUUCAAAAGUUUGAGAAAAGAAUCGUCACUCAAGGUUCUCUUACUAGCUUUCUUUUGGAGCUUUCAGCCUCAUCUUUGCUCAGUUGCCAUGGAGAUAGCUCAGCUGUCAUCACGUGAUCUUAAGUAUGGAACUUAACUCGCAUCACAAUAGGUGUUCGUACAGUAUAUAAUAUUAUAUAGUAUAUCGUACAGUUAUUGCUCUGAAUAGUUUUUGGUCUGGGACUGUAUUUUUUAAAAACCUUAAAUAAUCACACUUUACACACUAACUAACAUAACUAAAAAGCCUGAGGAGUGAACACACUUGCUGAGUGUGAGAAAUAAUAUUGCAUUUAUGUGAAAUUAUUAACAUCUUCGGCAGCAAUUAACAACAAUUUUGAAUAUUUCUAAUGAAUUAAAAAGGAUGAAAUGACAGGAAAUUGGCUGAAAUGGAAAUAAAAGAAAAACAAACUUGAUCAGGAAAGGAAUUCUUGUAGGUGAGAUACAUCAGAGAAAACAAAAUAAAGAAAACUUAACACCACACAAAAUAAAUGCAAGCCGUAUUCUUGUUGCAAGAAAAAAUGCAAAUGCCAAUGUUAGGCUAAAAGUACCCUAUUCUAAAUAACACAUUAUUAUUAUUUUAUUUUUUAUUCAUCAUGACCAGUUAUGUAACUCAUUCCAAAACGUGUCUCAAAGGGUGUUUGCUCUGCUCUGUUUCUGUCCUGCAGCCGUCUAGGAUCUGUUUUCUUGGUCUUUGGUGUCCAUUUGAUCCUUGCUGUUUAGCAACAAUUUAGCUUGAGGUCACGUGAUGAGAACUGAGCAAACUCCAUACUAUUCCCAAGUUCAAGGGUGAACUUUGGGGCUCCUAAGGAACUUUAUUCAAACUAAAAUCCCAUUGCAGAUGUUAUGAUAUCUGUCCAUAGUAAAUACCAUCACAACAGCCAUUUGUUUUUCUAUUUUACACUUCGCUUAAGGUACAAAACUAUGGCAGCAUAUUGCUACCACACCACAAAAACAAACACAGAUCAAUAUCAUGUUAUAACGUGAAAAGUUUAUUGUUGAUGUUUUUCACAUUAUUACGACAUACAAGCUUAUCACGUUAUAACAAGAAACUCUUCUUGUUAUAAAAUUAUACACUAUUUAUCUUAUUAAAGGUAUUUAAUAAGAUAGUGUAUAUUGUUAGAACAAGAAAAGUUUCUUGUUUUAACGUGAUGUUUGUGUGUUGUGAUAAUGUGAAAAUGUCUAGUUAUAAUGUGAACUUAUAUUGUUUAUAAUUUAUAAUGACACAUUAUAUCAAUGUUAUAACAGUAAGUUAUCAUGUUAUAACAAGAUAAGUAGUAUAUUGUUAUAACUAAAAAAAAGGUUAUAUAUGUCGUGAUAAUGUGAAAAUAUCUACUUAUAACGUGAAAAAGAUCUUGUUAUAACAAUAAACCAUUUCUUUUUCUGGUGUGGCAGCAAUAAUCUUCUGUACAAAACACCUAAAUUGGGUCAGUUUUGGUUAAAAUGGAGGUGAGUUGGAGUUAGCUAAACCAAUUACAAUUUCCCCUUCAGCUCAUCUAUUAAGUCUGGUGCCUGUGUUGAGACUUGACUCGUUAAUGAGUUCAACCUGACUGUAAAGAACACAUUUUCUAACCUUCAGCUGGUUCAUGUUGCUAAAGUGACCCUUCAGUAGAGCCUCUGUGUUCUGCUGGGCCUCAGAUAAUGCAGCAUUGUGUCCACUGACCGUGCACCAUGCACAGGAAAACAAGAUAACCCUUCUGUCCUCGGAUAAGGAACACAAUCACCAGUCUGAAUGACCUCUAUUCUGUUCUGGACUCUGAUGUCCUUGUGAUGAGUUUGAACAACCUUGUUUGGCUUUUUUAUGAAAGCAGAAUAUUGUAGUUCCUGUAGCUAUACAGCUCUUUUUCAGGCUGUAGUUAAUGACUGUUAAAGGAGAAGCAGACUUUAAAACAUCACCAGUAUGUGGGAGGGUUGAGUUAUACUUGCCCUGACGUAAAGUCCUGCUUCUGUGUCAUUUGAAGCAAUAGUGAAGCGUUGCACUCCUACUUUGUCACCACACUUUUCAUUUGAUAUGAAUCAUGUUUCUGUAACCCACUGCACAGAUCUGAUUGUCUGAAGUUGGUCAACCUUCAACAAGCUACAGGCCGUCCCUCUUUGACCUCAAUGCACUAACCUAUCAAACCUUUACAUCUGUGAAUGUACACCUCUCUUCUUCCAGACGAUUACAUUUAAUCUUCCUUUCUCUUUACGCUCUGAAAUUGUGUCUAUCCUGUCUAUGCAAAGCGAUGCUUCAAAGAAGGGGUUUUUGAACCAAAGGUAACAUAAUCUGUGGCAGCUUGCGUCCAACACAAUCAUUGAACUGAAAAGUCACAAGAGGAAAAAGUGCUGCUGCAAUAACCUGUCAUAUGCAAAGUAUUUUAGACUUCCUUCCAAGAUACAGUAUACAAUGUAUGAUAGCAAUGUAAUAAUCUCAAAUGUAAAUACCUACCAAUAAAACUGUUACAAAUGA